CAUAUAGAAAAAAUGGGUGACGAUAGUGAAGUAGGUUCCGACCCUAUAACGCCUCCAAGGGCAGUGACGCCGCCGGUAUCUGCCCCUCCUUCACAGUUCCACUCUCCCUCUCUUUCUCGGUCACCACUUCUUUCCUCGGCUGAUCAUAUAGAGCCAGAAGAUAAAACACCUAAGAAUUCAACUCCUAAGAUUAGAACACCACGCUUUAUUACUCCUUUGGGAAGUCCAAUUAGAAAGGCUCUUCAGCUUACUAGGCUUGACCCACAUGAUGCUUGGCUCCCCAUCACCGAGUCGAGAAACGGGAACCCGUAUUACGCUGCGUUUCAUACUCUUUGCUCAGGGAUUGGUAUUCAAGCCCUUGUUCUCCCUGUUGCCUUUACAAUUCUUGGGUGGACUUGGGGAAUCAUAACCUUGACUUUAGCCUUCAUAUGGCAACUUUACACCCUAUACUUACUGGUGCAACUCCAUGAAUCUACUGAAACCGGAAUGCGCUACAGCAGAUACAUGCAGCUUUGCAGUGUAACUUUAGGUGAGAAGUUAGCAAAAUGGCUGGCUCUGUUCCCCAUCAUGUACCUAUCAGGAGGAACAUGCGUCGCCUUGAUCAUCAUUGGGGGCCAAACUUGUAAGAUGUUCUUUGAUGUUGUAUGUGGCGGAACAUGCACAACUCAGCCACCAACCACCGUGGAAUGGUUCUUAAUUUUCACUUCUGUCGCGGUCCUUCUAUCUCAGCUGCCUAACUUGAACUCGAUAGCCGGUGUGUCACUAGUUGGAGCCAUCACGGCUUUCGGUUACUGCACCCUGAUCUGGGUUGUCUCGGUUGAGGGAAUAAUGACUGAUGUAUCAUACAAUCCGGUGCGAGGAAGUACCGAAGUUACUAGGACAUUUGAUGUUUUCAAUGCUCUUGGGAUCAUUGCUUUUGCUUUCAGAGGUCACAAUCUCAUACUUGAGAUUCAGGCAACGAUGCCUUCCGACGAGAAACAUCCCUCGCGCGUCCCUAUGUGGAAAGGAGUCAAGAUUGCGUACACACUCGUUGCAAUGUGCUUAUUCCCUCUUGCAGUUGGAGGCUAUUGGGCAUAUGGUCAAAGGAUUCCGAAAGAUGGGGGCAUGUUGACGGCCUUGUUUGUAUUCCAUGGCCAAGAUACCUCCCAAUUCAUCUUAGGAUUAACAAGUUUAUUUGUCAUAAUCAACGCGUUAAGCUCAUUCCAAAUCUACGCGAUGCCUGCAUUCGACGACAUGGAAUCUGUAUACGUUAAGAAAAAGAAGAAGGCAUUGCCGUGGUGGUCCCGAGCAAUUCUUCGGGCAAUGUUCGGGUAUGGAUGCUUCUUCGUGGCAGUAGCAAUCCCAUUCUUGGCAAGUUUUACUGGCCUAGUUGGAGGGAUAGCAUUGCCGGUGACCUUAGCUUAUCCAUGCUUCAUGUGGCUUAAGGUUAAGAAACCAAAGGCUUUUAGCCCAACUUGGUGCAUGAAUUGGGUGUUAGGUCUCUUAGGGAUGGCCCUAAGUGGGGUUUUGGUAGCUGCUGGACUUUAUGUUGUUAUUGAUACGGGUGUACAAGUUAGCUUCUUCAAUCCUCGAUAAUUAUUAAUUAAUCAAGCAGUUAA